UUGUCGGCGCAGGGCUCUGGGAACAAUUCUGAAAAGAAAGAAUUUAUUUAUUAUUAAAUAAAUUGCAAAAAAGUGCUAAAAAUAGUUAAAUAAACGAAAAUUUUAACGAAAUUUCUAUCGAAUAUUUUUAUAGACUACUUAAAUUAUAAAAAAGUAAAAUAACUUGUGAUUUGCAGAUUGUGUUGACCAACGAAAAAAAUGUCUAUUUUGAGACAAUGUGGUGCUUUAGUGGCACGACAAUUAAUCGCGCCAAGGUCCAGCAUAUUAAACAAUAAUAUGGGAGUAUUACCGCUGAUGGCCAAACGUAUCAAUCUCAAUGUUCAAGAGGAUGUGCCAUUUGCCAGCAGAGGCUAUAAGAAAUUUGGCCAUCAAAAGGAAAAAACACCAAAUUUUACUAAAAUCUAUCAUUUGAUUAUUGGUUCACUGUUUGUGAUUUGUAUAAUGGAUUGGAAGAAAGUAAAAAACUUCCUUACACCCAAAGUAGAUGCUGACGCUGGUGUGGAAAAUGUUGAGGUGGAGAAAAAAGGUAAAAAGAAAUUAUCCAAAGAGGAAAGAAAGGCCAGAGAUGCAAAGCAUGACUCGAAUAGAGAUACCGACAGUGAUAGUGAGACAGAAAGUGAAAGCGAGGAGGAAAAUGCUGUCAAUGAACAGUCGGUGAAUAGCGUCCGUACUGAAAAGGAAAAAGUAGGCUUUCGUGAAAGAAAGAUUAUUGAAUACGAAAAUCGUAUACGUCAAUUCUCAACACCCGAUAAGGUGUUUCGUUAUUUCGCCACAAUACAAGUACCAACAUCAGAUGAUCGUCAUGAGAUAUUUAUGACACCAUCUGAUUUUCUAACAAGUAUGACACCUGGUAUGAAACAACCAGAGGGUUUGGGUCUAGAUCAAUAUAGACGUUAUGAUCCCAAGCAAGUUUCUGGAAAGUCUGUUGGUGAAUGUCUAAAUUUACAUUUAGAGAAAAAUAGUAUUUUCUAUAAACUGGGUUCCUAUGGCUUAAUCACAUUCUCCGACUAUAUAUUUUUGCUCACAGUUUUGUCAACCUCACGCCGUCAUUUUGAAAUUGCUUUUCAAAUGUUUGAUUUAAACGGUGAUGGUGAUGUAGAUUGUGAGGAAUUCGAAAUGGUAGCAACACUAGUAAGACAACAGACUAGUAUUGGCAGCCGUCAUCGCGAUCAUGCUAACACCGGCAAUACCUUCAAAUCUAAGGGCGUGAACUCUGCCUUGACCACUUAUUUCUUUGGUCCCAACUUGGAUAAGAAAUUGACUAUACAAAAAUUCUUGGAUUUUCAACAACAACUGCAAAGGGAAAUUUUAUCUUUGGAAUUUGAGCGCAAACAUCCCAAUGAAGAGGGCAUGAUUACCGAGGCCGAUUUUGCAGAACUAUUGCUGGCUUAUGCUGGUUAUCCUUUAAAGAAGAAGCAACGUAAAUUGAAAAGAGUAAAGAGACGUUUCCGUGACCACUCUGUUGGCAUAUCGAAAAAGGACUACUUGGACUUUUUCCAUUUUCUCAAUAAUGUCAAUGACGUCGAUACGGCCUUGACUUUUUAUCAUAUAGCUGGUGCUUCCAUUGAUCAGGCAACCCUAAAACAUGUGGCCAAAACUGUUGCCAUGGUCGAACUAUCGGAUCAUGUGAUUGAUGUUGUUUUCACCAUAUUCGAUGACAACAAUGACAACCAAUUGAGUAAUCGCGAAUUCAUUGCGGUUAUGAAAAAUCGCGUUCAACGCGGUUUAGAAAAACCCAAAGAUACGGGCUUUAUAAAACUGAUGCGCUCAAUGUUGAAAUGCGCCCGUGAAACGAAACCAGUUUUAUUGGAUCUUUAAAUAAAAUGGUUGACAUCAUCCUAUGUUGUCAGGAUUAUACAUUUUUUUUUGGAAAUUAUCUUAAUACUUUUAUUACAAUUGGUUACUGCUGCUGCUGCUGCUACGAUGACUUUUCUUUAAAUGUAAAUAUAUAUAAAAAUUAAUUUUUAGUUUUACCUCUUUAAUCUAAUAUACUAAUAAUAAAUGUUACUUACUAGUUAAUAUGUUUUAGUUUUCUUCUUAUUAUUCUUUGUUCUUUAAGAAUUUUUUUGUCUAACAAGUAAUUUUUUAAUAAAAUUGUUCAAAACAUUUAUAAAUAAAUUAAUAAAUAUUUAAUUCA